CACACUACGUUGUGUCUUUGUUUUGGGAACUUUUGAGAAAGAACGAACAAAAAGAUUCUCCUCCUGGUUUACGAGAGACUGGAAGAUGUUCUGCUACAGGAAGGUUCUCCAGUGGUUCUUCUCUGUGUUCCUGAUCUGUUCUCCGGUUCCUCACCUCGGACGCUCCAUAGACGGGAGCAGCAGAACGAAGCGCUCGGUGACGCAUGCGCAGCUCAUGCACGAUAAGGGCCGCGCGCUGCAGGACUUCCGGCGCCGCAUGUGGCUGCAGGAGCUCCUGGACGAGGUCCACACGGCGGAGGUCCGGGACCUCCCGGCUCGGACCGGCCCGGGGCUCCACCUGAGCACCACCGGCAGCACCUUGCACUCCAAGCCCCCUGGGGGAACCAAGAACCUUCCCAUCAGCUUCCUGCUGGAGGAGGAGCAGGCCACCAACAAGGCCCAGAGCGACAAGGACGGCCCGCCGAGGGGCAGGAGGAGGAAGAAAGGGAGGGGGAGGAGGAGGGAGGGCGCCAAGAGGAGGAGGAGGGUGCGCUCCCUGGGCUGGAGGCCGGAGGACCAGAUCCACCUGGGCUGGAGGCUGGGCUGGAGGCCUCUGCUCGGCCUGCAGAGGGCGCUGCUGUAGAACGCUGUCAGUCUCUGACUAAGGAGCUCCGCUGUCCAAGGACGCCUGAACGCACCACGCAGAGCUGUCAGAAAGUGGAACAUAUUUAUUGUGUGUGCAUCUUGUGUCUCCUCUGGGGGUCUCUGGCUCACAGGUGUGUUGUGGUAACUUAUUUGCUCCGGAUGGUUUGUGUAUUUAUUGUGUAACCGGUCGAGCUGCUGUGACCUUCUAUAUUUUUGUACCAUAAUGCACUUUAGAUAUAUGAAUAUAUAAAUAUAUAUACCAUUGAUUUAGUUUUGUGGUUGAUGGAAAAGAAGCUCUGCUGCUGGUUCUCCGGACGCGUUCCACUCCCAUCGAAGCUUUCCUGUGUUCACCCCGUGCUGCCUUCAGGGUCUCCGUUCCCUUCAGCGCCGGCUCUGCUUCUCAAGUUCACACCUGUACAUAAAGCAUCACGCUGCACUGAGAUGAACUGACAUUAAACACCUGAGAGGA